CAAAAUACAGACUGAUAUAUUUUGAUGCUGAAGACAAUGUAACCUAGGUUUUCAGUUUAAUAACAGACAGAAAGGUCCUACUUUAGUGAAAUAAAAUACUUCUCACCAUAUCCCCUGAACAAUAAAUUUGGCCAUAUUAUAAAAAGAUUUAUUAUGUGUGACAGGACAAAAGACGAAUUUAAAACUGUUUAUCAGAGAACAUUCACAAGAAAAUUUGGUUUUAGGCCGGAUAAAAGCAGUGUACGUGCCUGACUACAAGGAUAUUUUGGCUGGACCAUUCACAGAAUAUGUGGUUCCGAACUCAGUAACUCAGCCAGGACACCCUUUUGAGAAUGUCCAUCAUUGUUGCGAACGGCUACUGCAUGAGCAACCAAAGAUGAAGCGCUACCUAGACAAAGAACCUAGUUCAGAGGCAAUCGCAUCAGACCAUAGCAACCGAGGUCGAACUGUGUACAUGGUAGACUACUGUGAUCUUGAGGGGGGAUUUGAGUCCACUGCGAGUAGAGCCAGGAGAAGAGUAGAUCUACCACCCAACUGGGGAGAAAUACCAGUGACCACGCAGAAGGCCUCUUAUCGCUCCCCCACCCUCCUCGCCACCUGGGACCUACGUCCCCACCCCUGUCUUCCCCGCAUAUCCCCUCUCACUCCUAACUUGAAAGAGAGAGAGAUUCUGAAGGUCACAACCGGAGUCAGUGAGUAUGAAGGCCGGAUAGGUGCCCUAGGAGAGUUGAUCCUGCAGGAUGAGCUGCACGGUACGCCACAAGAUGUACAGUGCCUCCGAUUUCAAGAAAUGAUGAAGCUUCGUGGUGCAAAAUAACACAUUUGUAAUUAUCUAAAGAUGCAAGUAUUCCAUGUAAAUUUUCUUCGUGAUUAUAAAUACAUGUUUGCCAGUCAGUCAUUGAA